AUGGCCGACGUCGCAUCUCCUCAGCGUCAGCAGUCCGGCUUCGGCUCUUUUGGCCAGUCGGGUCAGCAGCAGAACCCGCCCGUCGAUCCCUCUGAGGUCGGCACUGAUGCUUCUGGCGCUGACGACCAGAAGGAUGCUGAGAAGGAGCUCGCUGAGCGCCUCUCGCGCAUCAUUGAGGAUGCCAACAAGCGCGUUCUCCCUAUCGUCAACAUGAUUCGUCAGAACAUCGAGAACUUCACGAACGCCAAGGAAGAAGACCGCAACGAGGACGAACUCGUCAAAGCCGUCAAGCCCCUCAUCGAGCAAGCCGAGAAGGUUCUCUACGAGGCGAACGGCGCUAUCAAGGGCGCAGAUCCCGAGGGCAAGCUCUCCGAGCGCGCUACUCGCAACUACCAAGACCACACCGCGACACCCGAGGAGCAGCGUCUUGCCGAGGCUAUCAAGGUCCUCGUCGAGGAGGUCGGCGGCACGAUCGACUGGGCGAAGGACAAGCUCAACAGCUUCCCCAAGGCGAAGCGCGACCUUGGGCCGCUUCUUGAUGCGCUUGGGCAGCCGCUUACGCAGAUCGUGGGCGGUGUGGGUUUGCUUCUUCACGGAGUACUCAACCUUGUCGGAAAACUCCUCUCCGGCCUUGGGCUCGACUCACUUCUGAAGGGGAUCUUCGCUGCCGCUGGCUUAGAUAAGAUAUACAAGAGCAUCGGUCUCGACAAAGUACUCGGAUAG